AUGGAUGAUUUUUUCCCAGAAUCUCAUGAUUUAAUAGGUGUGCACUAUUGUCUGAAGAAAAAUACCUUCAUCGUAUCCCUCAAGAUGAUCCCAGAAGUAGAUUUUAAAUUAGGGAGGAUGAAGCAGAGGCUACAAUACAAACAGGCAGAAUAUGCAGAGGAGCGGCAGGAGGAUCCAGUAGGUGAUGUUGAACAUAUUGCGAGCGAUCCAUCAAUGCCAGGGGCAAAUUGUGAUGUAAAUGUGCAAGGAGCUUCUAAGAAGAAGAACCAGGGCAAUUUAUUCAAUCGCUCAUCCCCUAUGAAGAUUACAAGGGUCUGUAAAGGCAUGACCCUGGAUCAGAAGUCAGUCAUAAUCAAUGCAGAUUUUGGAUCAAUAUUAGGAAUGAAGAUUUCAAAGCUUAUACCAGAGUUGUGCAGAUUCCUAAUGGGAUGCUUCAACCCAAUUACCUGUGAGUUGGAUUUCGGGGACAGGGGUAAGAUCCCCAUAAACACUGAAUCGGUUGUCAAGGUGAUGGGAGUACCUGAGGGCAGCACUCCAGUACCGUAUCACCGUGAUUCUGAUGCCACCAGGGUUGUUCUUCAGAUGUUGGGUAUCGAAGGGAAGCAACCAUCACUCACAAUGAUUGAGAAAAAACUAGGUCGCAGUGAACCUGCAGAUGAUGUGUACCUGGUGAAGUUCAUGAUUUUUUUGGUGUCCUCACUAUUCGCUCCUACCACCGCGACUCUUGUUCUUUAUGUUGACUCUCUUGAAACUGAUGCUCUAGAUGUUCCCAUCGAUGGAACUCGUAUAUGUAUAUGGACAAAUAAGAUGGUGAGGUUAAUUGCUGAUCUUGACACUAACAGUGAUGGAACAUUUGGAAAAUUACCGCUCAAGCAUUGUUACAGGAAUAAGAUUUCUCUAUUCUCGGCAGAUCCAUCAUCCGUAGACACAUUCAUCAAAUGCCAUGCCCCUAGGGAGCACGAUGAAAUGGAUAUUGCAAAAUACAGGGGUGCUGUAAUAGAGAUGUGCACUGUUUUUGAGGAAGGCUUAGCACAGUUUAUCAAGUCACUAUCAAGCGAAGCUGCCAAGGACAUUGAACCUGAGCAGGCAGACGUGGUGUUGAAUGCAGACAAGCCAAAAACACGGUGGACCAGACGCAGAACAAAGGCAGCGGUGAAGGUACCUGUUGCAGAUGAGGAGGUUGCUCUUGCAGAUGAGGAAGUACCUAUUGCAGAUGACAAUGUUAUUGUUGCAGAUGAGGAGGUACCUGUUGCAGAUGACAAGGUUGCUAUUGUAGAUGAGGAGGUACCUGUUGCAGAUGUCAAGGUUCAGGGUGUACUUAGCAUUGCUGAAGAAGAAAUGGUGAUAUCGGUGCCUGAGAGCAAGGAAAAUAAGAGGAAAAUCAGUGAUGAAGUAUUUGACCAUGAGAGGGCAUGUAAGAAUGUAUGCAUUGAUGCUCAACAAGCAACUGAAGAAGGAAAUGUAUGUGAAAAGGACACAAUUACAAACAGGUCAGCUAGUUCACUGGAAAACAAGGAGCCAUAUCCUGAAAUGAGCCAUGAUUUGAGGUCACCGGUCGAUCCGUUGAAGUUGUUGCUUUGCUAUGGAUCAGGGUCGCAAUCUAAUGAUAGCACUGUCCAGAAUGCAUUGGUUACAUCUCAUCAUCAAGCUGAUGCUCCUUCUUCCAUCCUGAAGAAACAACUGGGUGGAAGAAAGAAAUAUGUAUCAUUUGCAACCGAUGCAAGAAAGGAAUGUGGCUCGCCUAUUGUGCAAACAAGUCCAGCUGUCAGGAGACCUCUCACAAGAUCGAUGUCACCUAAGAAGAAACCUUUUGUUCAAAAGGAAUGUGCUCCACUGAUGGAAAAUACAGAGAUGGAUGCAGAACCAACUAAACCAUAUCCCAGCAGCCGAAGACUGACACGUGUUGCUGUUGCGGAAGCAACGGAAGAAUGUAACAAAGGAGUUUUGCGUGUAAAAAAUCUUGUGGGCCUUCAGGUUAACAAUAGCAUGAUGCAUAAGCUUGAACCUGAUUUUCUGGCUGCAGAAAAUCAAAUUGAAACCGAACAACAAAGGAAGCUGAGAGAGCUAAUGGAUGAUUGCCCCAGCUUUGGUCUCGGAUUUGAUGAGACAACAACUAAAAGCACUGAAUGUACCACUAAAGAGAAGGAAAAAGUUGCAUCAAUGGAUGAAAUUGUUAUCAUUUCUAGCACUAAGGAUAGUGGAGACUCAUUGGACAAGAUUUAUGCUACAAUUGAAAUGCCUUCGACAGCAGCAUCCUCUGAGAAAUGUCUUACUUCUGAGAAAUGCCAUGAUCAAAAAAAGGCUGCCCCCAGUAGGUGCACUCCAGUUCCAAAACAGAGAAGAGUUGUCAAGCUAGGACCUCAACAGAAGUCCCCAUUUGUCAUAAACCUUAAAAAGCCUUCUGUCCCAAAGUCAGACACUGAAAUUUAUAAUAAAGUAUGCACAUAUGGUGGGAGAUCUAAACAUUCAUUGAACGAUGAGACAAUCAUUGACAAUGGCGAUUUCUUCAUCAACCUACGUGACUUGGCAAACUCUGUCAAGCCAGGGGGCUGGAUAAGUAACUCAACAUGUGAGAUUGCUCUUCGUGUGCUAUCUACAGAGAUGGCCAAUGAGAAAAAAUGUGUUAUGCCACUUAGAAUUGCGACCAAACUUAGGUCUGCCACCUUCAUAGUGGAUAGAACUGUGCGGAAAGCAUUCGAAUGCUCACCUACUAACCGCCUAGAUCACAAGGAUCUGAUACUGUUUUCAGUGCUACAAGAUCUAACACCAGAUAGCAAAGAUAUGAUUGGGCACUACUACCUCAUUGUGCUGAACCUAAAGGCGGGGAGGUUUGAAGUGAUGGACUCUCUAAGGGCUGAGGGGAACCAUGGAUUAAUGGCAGAUGCAAGAACUAUCAUUGGAUCUAUCAAGCACUUAUGGUCAGCAAACUACAACCAGUCGAAGAUCAAUAUUUCUAGAUAUCGAACUGUUUACAUACCUACUCCAAUGCAAGCAACGCCGGAUGACUGUGGAUACUUUGUUCUCAAGUUCAUCGAGAGUUGGAAUGGCAUAAGGAUGCUCCCAUUCAACCCAUCUGACAUGCCCAUGCUAAGGAAACUUUACCUCAAGAAAUGGGUUGAUCAUGUAAACAACAAGAUCGACUGGCAGGAACUCUUGUUCUAG